UUUGGAAAAAUGAUGAAAUGUCACUUUGUCCGUGUUUACCAAAAUUGUAUUUACAUUAAUUAUUUUAUAUUAUUAUAAAUAUAGAAAGAUGUUUCGCCAUCACAGUGAUCGUAAAGUUACUAAAUCACCAACAGCUACAACUAGUAGACAAGUUGAGUAUUCGUGCGAUUUUUGUGAGGACGGACCGUGGACUAAUGAAAUCGAUGCUGAGAUACAUAGAAAAAAGGAACAUAGAAAAGAAUUAACGCAUUUAUAUAACGAUAAGAACACUCACAUGUGUAUUAUAUGCCAUAGAGAUCAAAAAAGCAAAUCGGACCUCAUAAAGCAUGUGAAAGAAUUCCAUUAUUACUGCUCACCAAACGCAAACCGCAUAAACCGAGAGAUAUUUGUAUGCAGUCAUUGUAACAAACUAUUCUUUAACAAGCAUUUAUUAUCAACGCAUAUGCAGCACUGGCAUACGUUAGACUUGGAAGGGAAACGCUCAACGAGAGUACACUGUCCACGGUGCUGGCGGACAAUCCGAGUGAAAUCACUAUGGUUCCAUUACUUAUACCAUGACAUGUUAAACGUUAAUACCUGUCCGAUAUGCCUUAAAAACUGUACAAGCAAAUUCGAUGUCAUCGAGCACAUGAAGACUCAUCCAGGUCACUUUUCAUGCAAUAUGUGUGGUUAUGCGGCAACAAAGGAACUACAUUUCAACGCACACAUGAAUAGACAUAGAAAGAACACGGUUAUUACCUCAAAGAAAGAUGUUUCACGGUUCUUCGUACCGGGAAGACAGCCAUCCGUUUCCAGAAAUUAUCUGUACAAUCUAUUUAGAGGUAUAGCUUUAGUUAACGAGAUACAAAUAUGUAUAUUGUGUCGAGAGUUUUGUGAGUCAGAUAUUGAAAUGAAACAGCAUAUAUUGUCGGAUCAUGUGUGGAAGAGAGAGGUGAAACGCAAGAAACAUGAGUGCGUUUGCGGUGAAGAGUUCUUCAAUAGAAUAUUAUUGAAACAACAUGUUUUUAAAAUGAAAGGGAAUCAUAAGGAAGUAGUUGAUGUUCAGGUUAAGACAGAACAGGAGACAACAUUAGAAGAAAUAAGAAACUGUGAUGAUGAUAAACAACAGGUUGUCUGUCAAAUAUAUGAACUGAAUCAAAUCACAGUUGAUGUCAACAUGCUAGAUUCAAGCGCAGUUGAUGAAGCGACAGAGAAACAAAUGAUAUUAAAAGGAUUAGGGAGAAUGGAGGAAACGUAAUGGAACAAAUAUUCCUAUUGUCUAAGUACUUAAAAACGGUAAACAAUUAUAUAAUAUUAUGUCUUUUUAUCUAAAAACUCUGAUUUAAAUCAGAGGUUUAUAUUAAUGUCUUUUUGUGUAUUUUUUUUUUAUGUAAAUCAGUUUAAUUAUUAAAUCUGAUUUAAAUCAGAGUUUUUAGACACGACGAAUAAACAUUGAAAAACAACAAUAAAGAUUACCAAAUCGAAUAUACCACUGUAAUAUAUAAAAUAA